AUGAUGCCCCAACGAGCAUUGGUAGCACUUGCUACAACGCUGCUUUCGGCUGCCACCAUUUCCGCCGACCAAUACGCCAACAAUACCGACUGCCGUGUCCUACCAGGAGAUGCUGGUUGGCCAGCCAAAUCGCAAUGGGACAAACUCAACGCGACGAUUGAGGGCAGACUCAUUGCAUCCGUGCCACUAGGCGCAGCUUGCCACGACCCAACCUACGACGAGGAGAAGUGCAACUAUCUGCGCGAGAAUUGGCAACUACCAGUCACCUAUGAAGACGAUCCCACUACACCAAUGAGCUAUUGGUUCCAGAACUCAACCUGCGACCCCUGGACUGAUCGCUCUACGCCAUGCGAGCUGGGCCAUCUGGCUGUUUAUGCAAUCAACGUUAGCCAGCCAGCUGAUGUUUCGGCCGGACUUGUUUUUGCACAUGAGCAUAAGAUCAGAGUCAGUAUCAAGAACACUGGCCACGACUUCAACGGAAAGUCGGUUGGUCAGGGAUCUCUGGGUAUCUGGACUCACAAUCUUAACUCCAUUCAACCAAUCCACAACUACAGCCAGCCCUGGCACAAGGGUCCAGCUAUGAAGCUCGGUGCGGGCGUCAGAGGCUAUGAGGCAUACAAGGGUGCUCACGAUGCUGGCCUUCGGGUCGUCGGUGGCGACUGUGCCACUGUUGGCAUCGCAGGAGGCUUUCUCCAGGGUGGUGGCCACUCGCCUCUCUCUGGCGUUUACGGAAUGGCUUCUGACCAUGUGCUUGAAUGGGAGGUAGUCCUCGCGAAUGGUACGUUCGUGAAGGCUACACCUGAACACAACGAGGACCUUUACUGGGCACUUGCUGGAGCUGGUCCAUCUACUUUUGGCGUCGUCACCGCGGUCACACUACGUGCAUUCCCUGACGGACCCGUCGGCGGCGCAUCAAUCAUUUUUGACCGCAGUCAGAUGAGCAACGACACCUUCUGGGAAGCAUUCACCUACUUCCAAGAAGCACUCCCCGGACUCAACGCUGGCGGGGCGCAAUCGUCCUUCGCUACCCUGCCGCUGCAAUUUUAUCUGCAAGCUGUCACACGACCCGACUACACCAAAGACCAGAUGCGUGACUUGCUAUCAGAGUUCACCACGAAGCUUGACUCUCUCAAUAUCGACUACAACCUCACCAUCACCUCGACGCCCACCUACCUGGACCAUUUCGUAACAUACUUCGGCCCCGCACCAUGGGGCCCUUACGUCAUCGGUGAGCUCAUGACAGGCCGUCUUAUUCCCCUUGAAGUUAGUCAAGCCGACCCAGCCGCGAUCAUCGCUGCGUAUCGCGAAAUCACCGAUACCACACAGAUCAUUAUCGGCUCCACCGCCCAAGACGUUUCCAUCACGCCGCUUCGCAAGCCCGUUGCACCCAAUUCCGUGAUGCCCAGCUGGCGCACAACAGUCAAUACAUUGCUCAUUCAGAGCUACUUCAACUCGUCGAUUUCCUGGAACGAGAAGCAGCAUUUGCAGGACCAGCUUGUCGGCUUUGCGCAAAAGCGCAUUGAUGAUCUCGUGCCGGAGGAUACGGGGACUCAUUUGAAUGAAGCAAACUUUUCGCCGCUGAUUGACUGGAAGACGCAGUUUUAUGGCACUAACUAUCCGAGGUUGUUGGAUAUUAAGCGUCGGUUGGAUCCGGAGAAUGUCUUUUGGGCUGUCACUGCUGUCGGUUCUGAUGCGUUGGAGGUGGCUGCUGAUGGUCGACUCUGCGUUGCCCAUUAA